AUGAAAUCCUCCUCACAAUCAGGAUUUUCAGAGAAACCCAUUUCAGAAACAGGAUUUCCAGAAACCCCCAUUACAGAUACAGAAUUUCCAGAGAAUCCCAUGUCAGAAACUGCAAUUCCAGAAACACCCACAUCGGAAAUUGUAUUUCCAGGAGAAAUUCAUCGUCCCCCAGACCCUGUUCUCACUCAAGAUCAUGUCAUAGAGGUUCUUCUCAACAAUCGCCACGAUCCCAAAUCCGCACUGAGAUACUUCCACUGGGCUGAGCAGCAGCGAGGAUUCAUCCCAUGCGUCGAUUCCCUGUGCACAAUGCUCCAGAUCCUGCUACAGUCGGGGAAAAUCAACUGUGUUUGUUGGCUUCUGAAACGAAAGCUUUCAGGCAGCUCUAGUCCCAGUCCAACUGUCCUCAUCGACCGCCUGAUGGAGGUCUCGAGAAGGUGCAUUUCCAAAACUCCCUAUAUAUUCCAAGUAAUAUUGAAUAGUUAUGUUUGGAAUGAGCGGAUUGAAGAGGCCAUUGAGAGUUUUAAUGCGAUGGUGAAGAACGACGUCUUCCCCAGCAUUAUGUCUAGAAACAUCCUCUUGGCUGCACUGGUGCGAUUGAAUAUGAUUCCAGAAGCUCGGGAGUUGUAUACGGUAAUACGGGAUAGAGGGAUGGAUUGUAAUUGUUUUACUCUCAAUGUGAUUAUGCAUGCUUGUUUGAAAGAAGGGAAACCUGAGGAAGCCGAGGAAUAUUUCUUAGAAGCAAGGUCUCAGGGAUCCGAACUCGAUGCUGUUACAUAUAGUACUGCAAUUCAGGCAGUUUGCAAGAAACCCAAUUCAAAAGGAGCUUGUGAAUUGCUGAAAAAGAUGAGAGAAUUGGGUUGGGUUCCAUCUGAGGGUAUAUACAUGAGAGUAAUCGAUGUUUGUAUGAAGCAGGGGAAUAUGGAAGAGGCGUUGAGAUUAAAGGAUGAGAUGAUCAGAAGUGGCAUCUCUGAAUUUGGUGGUCAUAACGAGUCUGAUGAAGGGCAUUUACAUCAGUAUGCUGAAGAAGUUUGCAAGGAGGGAUUUAUACCCAUCUACAUGACUUACAACGGCAUCAUUGACAGCUUCAUAAAAGAGGGCACCAUGAACUCAGCCUUGUCAAUGUAUCACCAAGUGUCUGAAAGUGGGGUGUCCCUAAAUGUUGUUACUUUCAUGAGUUUCAUCAAUGGGAGUAUAGAUCUUGCUCUGAAGAUACGGAAUGAAAUUGGAAAACAAGGGUCUCUAGAUGUUGUUGUAUAUAAUGCUCUAAUGGAUGGGUUUUGCAAGAAAGGAAAUAUGGAUAGUGCACACAAGUUAUUCGUAGAACUGGUUGAAGUAGGUUUAGCUCUGAGGGAUUGCUGGGUAUAG